GAAGCAAGUGAGAAUAUGAAUAUGAUUAAAGUUGGCCCAGCGGGAGGAAGUGGUGGAACCAUUUGGGAUGAAAAGGGACGAGACCAAGUUGCUGGGAUUGUUGUUACCUACAAGGAAUACUCAGUUCACGCACUUCAGUUCCUGUUUUAUGAAAAUGGCAACUUAGUUCUGUCAAACAAGCACGGGGAUCAUCGCUGUGAAAACUUCCGUGCAGUUCUGUUUGAUUAUUCAUCAGAGUUCAUUACUUCCAUAAGCGGUUGUUUCAAAAAAUCGUAUGAUUUUACAAAGCUGAAAAGUAUAAGUUUUGGAACCAACAAGGGUUCCUAUGGACCAUUUGGGUCUACCGCUACUUCAACUGAUGACAUGGACUUCAACUUUAAGCUAGGAAAUCAUCGUCUUUUUGGUGGUUUUCAUGGUAGCAAAACCGACUAUGGCGUUGAGAGUAUUGGGAUCUAUGUGAAGCCCAUCACGAAAGAUCCUCAAGUUAAGGCUGAAAAAAGUUUACUACCACCCAGCAUACGAAUUUGA